AUGAGAAAACAUAUAUGGAGUUUUUCUCAAAGAUCAGGAGAAACUUUACAUGAGACAUGGGAAACAUUCAAAGAUUUACUUAGAAAGUGUCCUCAUCAUGCUAUACCCAAGUGGCAGCUCAAUAGAAUUUUUUAUGAUGGAUUAUUAGAACAACAUAGAAAUAUAGUUGAUUCUAUAUGUGGAGGAGCUUUUAUGGAGAAAACCCAUGAUGAGAUUUACAGUCUUUAUGAGAAUUUAAGUGAAAAUUCUAGAGAUCAAGCCUCUUUUGAAUUAUAUGACAAGGAUAAGAAGAGAGGAAUUUAUGAAUUGCAUCAUGAUGAUGAUUCUAAACUUAGAAAUGAGGUUAAUCAGAUUAAUCAAAGAUUAAAAAAACUUGAUUUACUUAUUGACAAUAUUAGAAAACCUCUUAACCCUCAAUUUAAUUCAAAUAGUACAUGUCCUAUGUAUGGUGAGAAUGAUUAUUCAUAAUUUCAAUGUUAUAAUUUAGAUCAAUCAUUUCACCGUAAGCAAGAACAAGUGCAAGUAGCUCACGAUUUUAAUAGAAAUACGGAACCUUUUUCAAAUUCUUAUAAUCCUAAUUGGAGGAAUAAUUUUUCAUGGAGAGACCCAAAUAAUAUUCAAAAUCCAGAAGCACUUAGACCCAAUUCAAACUCUGAAUUUCAUCCAAAACAAGAAAAUAGAUUUCAAAAAAAUCAGCCCUCUCAAACCCAACCUGAUACUAUGGAAAUGAUGCAGCAAAUGAGCCAAAUGAUGCAACAAACUAUGAAUCAAAUGAUGCAGCACCAGAAAUAAAUUAUAGAGGCCCUUGGGAAUAAGAGAGAAGAGGGACAGCUACCUAGUCAGCCCAUAGAAAAUCCAGGGAACCGCCCAACAAUAGGAUUUUAGCAAGGGGAGUCUAGUAGCAUGAAUCUAGGAAAAAACCCACGAAAUGAAAAUGUUAGGACAGUGAAUGCAUUAAGGAGUGAUAAGAUCUUACUUGAUCCUUAUCCCCAAACAUUAGAAGAAAAAGAAAACGUGGACAACCCAAAACAAAAUCAAAUAGGAGUAGAAGAGGAUUUUAUAGAUCCUACCAAGGAAAUUUCGAAAGAGAGGACAACCAUUCCAUUUCCUAAAGCUCUAGAGCCUAGACAAAGAAAGAAAAAGGAACACAAUGAAGAAAUAAAGAAAAUUUUACAAGAUGUGCAAAUUAGUCUUCCUUUACUCACUACCAUUGAACAUAUUCCUGAAUAUGCUAGAGUUUUGAAAGAAAUGUGUACACCAAAAAGGGCACCUAGAGUAGAAAAAUUAUCUAUGCAUGCUAGUGCAUUAUUAUUAAAUCAAUUACCAUAUAAAUUGAGAGAUACAGGUGUCCCUUUAAUUUCGUGUGAUAUUGGUGGAUCCAUUUUUCAGAAUGCAUUACUUGGCACCGGUGCUAGUAUUAAUUUAUUACUUGCAAGUAUUUGUGAGAAAUUUAAUAUUUCUGAUCUUAAACCUUCUACUGUUACCUUACAAUUUGCUGAUAGAUCCAUAAAACAUUCUAAAGGUAUUUUAGAAAAUAUGAUAGUAACAGUUAAAGGGUGUAAAUUUCUAGCUGAUUUUGUAGUGCUGGAAAUGGAUUUUAAUGGAUAG